ACAGGUUGUGUGAUUGAUUUUCUCAUAACUUUAGUGAUAUUGGACAAAAGUGUAUGUAAGGAUAAUCAUUUGGGUCUCUUUCUUGGUUCUUAUGGUGCUACAAUGAGUUCUAUAGAUCAAAAAUUGCUGUAUUUGAUUAAAUUGUACGCUGAUAGUGAUGUUGAUAUGAGUAAAUUCAGUCCUUUCUUAUGGGGCAAGCCAGCUGUUAUUCAUUAUUCGGUGAUGAAUACUACAAGUAUGUAUCUAUGGAAGCAACCAAAACUUCAAGAUGUUCUCAGUCUGCUGUCAUCAGAUAUGAUUGAAAACACUAUUCUGAAUUAUCCCCUUGAGUUACAGCUGCAGCCUUGUCAGCAAAACAUGAAUCAUUUACUUGAGGAAAAUGUUACAGCAGACACUGUUUAUGAUUUGAGGUUCCUCCUACCUUUGUUUGCUACUUUGCUUUCUCCAGGAGCCUAUAUUCAUUGUCAAAGCUUUAUAUUAUCCAAGUCAUUAAUGCUGCUUUUCACAUCUUUAAGCAGUCUUGAUCCGAACACUAGAGCAUUAGGAUAUUAUUGUAUCAGUCAAUUUUACCAACAUCUGGAAGGUUCCUUUUACAGUGAGAAAAGUAUAUGGCUGAGUCUUUUUGAUUGUGUCCGUAAUUCCAUAUCUCGUCCCAAUCCCAGAAUUCCUGCCAUUGUAUCAUUAUUUCUUGCAAAAGUAAUAGAUAUAUUUACAAAACCAGAUAAUAGUAUGUAUACAAUUCUGUACAAAUUCAUCAUGGUGAAGCCAGUAUUUGACGUUGGAAAUGUACCAGAAUUUUAUAUAUUAUUUAACAGCAAUGAAAUUGAGCAUAGAGAACAUCGGCAGUGGCUUUUGAAUCUAUUAGCUAAAGGCCUACGUACUGGUUCAGACUUUCACAUAUGUAAGAAGCGCUAUAUUUUCUCUACGCUUUUAUCACAUUAUUGGAGUUCUGUAUGUACACAUGAUGAGAAGGUUUCGAUUAUUAAUAUAUUAAUAGCUGCAGUUAAAAUUGAGUCAUCUGCUCGAUCCUUGUGUCAGAAUGGUUUGCUGUCGUGGUUGCAUAAUGUCGUAGAACAAGUUGGUGUAAUAGAUGCUGAAAUUGUCAAAUUGUCAUCUUUCAUAUUGAAAAAUAUAUGGCAUGCAUUAAAGAAGUCAAACUCUGCUGCUGAUGAUGAACCCACAUCUGCAGAAAACCUUGAUUCGCUCGAUGUGAAGAAGGACUCAAGCAAUGACACUAAUCACAAAAGGAUGUACUCAUCCUUUUUCUAUGAAUUUCAACUUGUUCUGUUUUGCUUUUUAAAGAAAUUGAACUUUUUAGAAGGCCCUUCACUAAAUGCCUACCUUUCAACUUUUCUUCAUGUUCUUAACCAUAUGGAAAAUUCUGAAGCAUAUUAUGUAAAAUACAGGUUGUGUCUGCAACAUGUCAUAAUAAUCCAUGAAAAAUGGCAGGAAUAUGCAGAAAAUAGGAGCAAAAACUUGCAGUCCGGAGAAAGUUCUUCAGAAAGUACAAGCAUGCAUAAAUGCUUUGAGAUUUUUCCAAAAAUUAUUCUCUAUUGGCAGCCUGUGUGGAAUGGCAAAGAUGAACAGUUUUUAAAUUUACAGUCAAUAUGUAUUUUAAAAAUAGCUCAUCUAAUGCUUCAGUUUAAUGACAUUCAGAGUAGUAGUAGUGAUUCAUCAUUUUGUGAAAAUACUUUGUCAAAGUGGUUAUAUAAAUGUUUUAAAAAAGAUAAAAAUUUUAAACUUGUUAGACAUUUUCUUUCCCCAGAAGGAGAAAACUGUGUAAAACUUAUUUUAAAGCAGUUUGAAAAGUCUCAAUAUGUGAAAAAAAGUAGAGAUAAUGACAAAGGAAAUACUUGUGCAAUUCUUAUUCGAAAAGAAAAAGAAUACUGGAAAAAACUGUUACUACAGUUUAAAAAGGCUUUGAGGAAUUUGGACAUUGAUCACAGCUUUCAUUUUCUGAAACAAGUGUGUGAUAUAUUAUGAUUUUAAAAUGCAUUUAUGUAUGCUUUUGUAUAAAUGUAAAAAUUACUUAUUGAAAACUAUUUUAAACAUUUUUUUUUUAAA